AUGAAAGACUUAAAAAAGUGUUUCAAUGUUUUUAAAAAGCAUCUCAUCUCGGUAAUACUGCAAAUCGCAUUUAUAUCGUCCCUAUCAAUUGGCACAUUUGAUAGCACCAAGCAAGUAAGCUUCACAUAUCUAUCUUGUUGUGAGUUGGAAGAUAGUAAACAUCAUUACCCCAUUCAGAGUCCUAACUGUGAAGACAUCACUACAAAAAAUCAGCUUGGGGGAGUGCCACAGUUCUUUGAAUAUAUACAAGGCCUGGUUUUUAAAGCCCAUACAGUUACCAUACACACGUACACACUCAGCAGAUACAUCUUUCGUCCCGAGUUAGCACGCAAGCCAUCCUUCGACAUUAACGGAUGA